UGAAUAAUUCCAACAAUGAUACGAUUAAAAAGUUGCAACUGAAGACGUCAACCUUCAAAAGAGAGUAACGUGGAAAAAAUGACUUGUGAUUAUUAAUAUUUACAGACUGAUUCAUCCACAUAGUGAUAUAAAGUAUAAGGUUGACUUUUAUUAAAUUCUGUUUUAUCAACUGCUGUAUACUAUUAAAAUGGAAAGCAAGAAAUACAUAAUAAAAACUGUAAUUCAUGCAGGAACCAAAACUAUUAAUUUUGUACCUGGAACUAAAGUACUCUUUCAUUUUAAAACAACAAAAUGUGAUCCGGGAAAAACAUUAAUAGAUGAUAGCAAAGCAAUGGGAAAUCCGAUGGAACUUGUCUUAGGAAAACAAUUUAAACUUGAAGUAUGGGAGAAUAUUAUACAGAAAAUGGCACUGAAUGAAGUGGCUUCCUUUAGAAUUGACAAAAGUUUAGUUGCAGCAUAUCCUUUUGUGUCUAAAACUUUGAGGGAAGUCGCAAAACCACAAUCACAGAAGCGUAACUAUCAUUGCUGCGGAAUUGCUUUACAAAAUGAUGGAAUUGGAUACAACGAUUUGAAUGAACUCAUUAAGUGUCCUCAAGAUUUAGAAUUUACAAUUGAACUUGUUAAGGUAAUCUUACCAGAUGAAUAUGAAAAAGAGACAUGGCAAAUGACUGAAGAUGAGAAAUUGAAAAGUAUUCCAGACAUAAAAGAGAAGGGAAAUGCAUUAUACAAAGAAAAAAAUUAUGAUCUUGCAUGUGAGAUGUAUGCUAAAGGCAUUGGAAUAUUGGAACAAAUUAUGCUUGGUGAAAAACCAAAUGAAGAAGAAUGGUUAGCUUUAAAUCGUUUGAAAACUCCAUUGCUUCUAAAUUAUGCACAAUGUAAAUUAAUUCAAAAGGAAUAUUAUGCAGUUAUUGAACAUUGCACAACAGUACUUAAACAUGAUCCAGAUAAUGUAAAAGCAUUAUAUAAGAGAGGUAAAGCAUAUAUAGGUGCAUGGGAUAAAGAAAACGCUGUUAAAGAUUUAACAAAAGCUGUUGAAUUGGAUCCUACAUUACAAAAUACAGUUGAAAAAGAGUUACAAGCAUUUUCUGCAGCUAUUAAAGAAAACGAUCAAAUAGAAAGGAAGAAAUUAUUAAAACUAUUUCGAUAAAUGUAUAUAAAAUUAUUUAAAUUAUAUAAAUAGAAAGAUAAAAAUAAAUAAAUAAAUAAAUAUAUAUAUAUAUAUGCAUGUAUAUACGUGUAUAUAUGUAUGCAUUGUGUAACGAGCAAAAUAUUUUUAUUAAUUAAUUAAUACACGCACUUAAGCGAUAUGUAAGAUAUAAAUAAUGAAUGUAUAAAAAAUAUCAUUUAUGAUAAAUAUAUAUGUAUUUACAAAGUUGUACAUUAUCUAAUCAAUAUAUAAUGUAAUUAAUGUAAUCAAUUGAUAUAAUUAAUUGACAUUUUCCUGAUGUAAAAAGCGAAACUUUAUGACACAGAUGAGAGACAAGUCCAAUCUAUGCUCUAUAACUCUUAGUUAAUAAUAUUUUUUAUUUCAUCUUUCGGAAUUUUGCUUUACGCCAUCUGUAAACUUCAUUCUAGGAAUAAUGACUGUCGAUCGACAGAAAAGUAUCAUGUUUGACAUAUGGUUCCAUUUAUUUUACACUAUUCUAAUUAAGCUUAGAACAUGGAGUGUCGAAUUUUCUUAAA